AUGGCUAUACCAAAGCAUAGAUUCAUGACAUGGUUAGCAGUUCAAGGAAGAUUACUCACACAGGAAAGAAAGUUGAGACUGCAGAUUCAUGUGGAGGAUAAUGCAUGUUGUUUAUGUGAGGAAAAAGUAAUGGAGACUAAUGUUCAUCUCUUUGAAGAUUGCAAAUGGACAUCAACUGUGUGGCAAGCUAUGCAACAAUGGACAGAAGUACCAGUGCAUAAUAUUGGUAUUGUACAGGUCCUGGAAAACAUAAAAGGGAAUCGUUGGAAGCAAUUCAAAAAAGAGAUCAUGGCAGCUAUCUGCGGAGCAAUCAUAUACCACACUUGGCGUGCUAGGAAUUGGAGGAGAUUUAGAGACAUACGUGUACAUACGGAAGAGGCAGUAACACAGAUAAAGAAAGAAAUCAGUGAAGAUUACACUUCCUUAGUAGUUCUAAGAGAGCAAAUAAAUGUAGACACUUUAUUCAGCAUUUGUUAUGUAACUAGGUAUUUUGUUUUGUUAGAGGCCUAUUCUCUAUUUCAGAAAUAG